GUGAAGGCGUGGGGCGGCCGCCGGCCGGGCAGCUUCAAGCAGCGGUCCCGCUGGUGGCCUCGCAGGGCUGCGGCGGCCCUUCAGAGGCGGGUCCGGGCGGCAGCGCGGCGGUCCCGGCCCGCGCGUCCCGCCCCCCCUUUCCAAUCCUGGGGCGGGGCGCGGCGCUGGCCCAGCGGUGACAUUGAGGGGCGCCGGGGAGGGCCCAGGCAGCGCUGCCGGGGCGGGAGGCCGCGCCAUGUGGGGCCGCGCCGAUAGGGCUGUUAAACUGCUGGGAAGAAAUAUUCCCUCAAUUCUGCGGAUGACUAAAGGAGUAGAUCUGAAGAUAAGCAGACGGCUUUGCAUUAAACCCCAGGAAGAAAGUCAGCUUCAGCCAAGAAGUCGGUCUCCUUUGAGGGUGCCUGGACACAGGCCUACAGACUGGGAGAAAAGAUUUUUGUUGUGGGCAGGCCAUUUCAAAAAACCAGAGGAUAUACCAGAGACUGUCUCGAUUGAAACAAUCAGAGCAGCAAAGACCACACUGCGUGUGAAGUUCAGCUAUGUAAUGAUGGCCUUGACAAUACUGGGAUGCAUAGUCAUGGUGAUUAAGGGGAAGCAGGCUGUGAAAAGGCAUGAAUCUCUUACAAGCAUAAACUUGGAGAAGAAAGCUCAGUGGAGAGAGGAAGCUACUCAGAGCACAUCUGCUAAACCUUAGAGGAGGAAUCGAAGAGACCGAGGACUGGGGAAGAAAAGCUGAGUCUUUUUCAGGACUGGAAGGAUGACAUCGUCACACCUUUCCUGUGUGUUAGUUCUGUACUAUCUCAUGCUCGUGAAAGAAUGAACACAUUAUCUUGUAAUCAUUAAAACCUCUAUUUUGUUUUCCUAGCAA